UUCAGUUCCAUCCUGCGACUCGGAAGCGAAGCACGCGUCUCUUGAUUUAUGGUGCGCGGUCAGUUCUGGCCAGACUCAGAUGCAGAUUCACUACUACCGAGUGGCAAGUUGUCCCUAGGCCUAAUGAGCCCAUUUGCGUGUUAAUGGCGAAUUAAUGACCGGCGAUUAAAAUGCAAUAAUCGCCUGCAUAGUACCCUACGAACGAGCCUGUGCGGUUCGCUUACUUUCAAGUGAAACAGUGUCUGUCUAUAGGGUUCGAGAUCCAAGGAGUUCCCUUCGAAAUAACAUAGACACUGUGCCCCGAAAGUGUUGUGAAAAACUUAAGCCGCAGAAGAUUAAAAAGAAAAAACAGUGCGAAAAACGGAAAAUACGGAAAAAGGGAAACCCCCGCCGAAACAAAAUCCGAAACAAAAAAACACUUUCAUUGCUCCCAAGGCAGAGCUUAGUUGAGAGUGCUUCCCGGGUCUAAUUUGACGGAAUCGUUAGUUGACCAGACCACGAGAUCUCCCACCAACCCCCCGCACCGUCACGUUUUGCAGGGGGAUCGCGUGCCGAGAGUACAACGAUAAUAACAAUAAACUUGCGGAUAACAGCUACAGAAACAGCAAUAUAAUGUCCGCCCGCCCGACAUCGUUGUCCCCGGCCACGGCCACGGCAUUGGCAUCGGCAUCGGACUCGGACUCGGCAUCAUCCCUGCUCCCGGCCAGAGCCAAUUUCGGAUUACUCAACUGGCUCAUCAGUUGGCUGCUGCUGUCGAUGGCGCUGCUUAGAGGCUCCAGCGCUGCGAUUGCCCCCACGCCGCCCACUACCACGACCACCACCAUCUCGCCCUCGAAUCUGCUGCCCUACUUCGACUUUGACGUGCCGCGCAACUUGACCGUAACCGUCGGCCAGACCGGCUUCCUCCACUGCCGCGUGGAGCGGCUAGGCGAUAAGGACGUCUCCUGGAUACGAAAACGUGAUCUGCAUAUACUCACCGCCGGCGGCACAACCUACACAUCCGAUCAGCGUUUCCAGGUGCUGCGACCCGAUGGCUCGGCCAAUUGGACUCUACAAAUCAAGUAUCCCCAGCCCCGGGAUUCGGGUGUUUACGAGUGCCAAAUCAACACAGAGCCCAAGAUGUCCCUGUCGUACACCUUCAAUGUUGUGGAACUCAAGGCGGAAAUCUUUGGGCCCAGCGAUCUGAUGGUGAAGACAGGCAGCGACAUUAACCUAACCUGUAAAAUUAUGCAGGGACCCCAUGAGCUGGGCAACAUAUUCUGGUACAAAGGCAGCGAAAUGCUCGACGGCAAGGGCGAGAAUGAAAUCGACAGCUCCAUGGCACGCAUCCGCGUCGAGGAUGAUUGGUCGGACGGGCUGACUUCGAGAUUAAAAAUCAAGCACGCCAUGCUCGGCGAUACUGGCAACUACACCUGUGUGCCCACGGUGGCGAAAACCUCGAGCGUCUAUGUGCACGUAAUUAUUGGCGAACACCCGGCGGCCAUGCAACACAACUCGAGCAGCAACAGCAACAGCUUUUACUGCGGCAUCUGCUGCAUGCUGCUUAGCAUUGUCUCUUGCUGCCUGCAGCAGUGGUACGAAUCCGGGAGUGGAUAUGUCUCUGCAACGGCGAACACAGGUACGGGCACGGGCACGCGGCUCAAGUUCCCGCGGCGUACAGUGCUGAAAACAAGAGGAACACGAGGAGUCACGGCGCAAACGACAGCAGCAGUGGCAGUGGCAGCAGCAGCUGCAGUAACUGGAAACAUGUUGCGAGCACGCCCUGCGGCGGCUCCAUGCAUGAGAUGAAGGAAUAAUCAACACGCCGAUGAGGCAAAACAGGAAUCAGCAGAGGACUAUUAAGGCAAGCCCACAUACCCACACCACGCCCACAUUCAAGGUGAUUUCAGUUUGGGGCUUGGGUCGCGGUAAGGUCUGUGUUGGCUCAUGGAGAAGUAUUUAUUAAUGUCUAAGGCGAUGAGUGCACGUAGUGGAAACGAAAACAUAUUAUCCGACGACAUGUGACGUUAUAGCAACAUUCAAAGGGAAAGGGAAAGGGAAAGGGAAACUGAAGGGAAAGUAAGCCAAAGGCUGGCAAACCCUGAGCCAGAGCUGGCACGAGGAAAACCUGUGCAUUUUCCGUGGAUUAUCAUAAUCUAGUUCAAUGUUUAAAGAGAAUAAGCAAGAGUCGAUGUAAUACUAAUUAAUAUUUGUGUGAUUCGUUAUGAUUUUGUUGGCAAGUGAUCGAUGUGCGCAGCGAUAAAUAAAGGAAUCGAUACCGAUAAACACUAAUUCAUACCGAUACAAAAUUUAAAAAUAAGUAAUUAGAAACAAAUCCAUUUACAAUUUCUGUAAACUUAUAUUGGUUGCCCCUCUUCGAUUGCCGUUAAUCAGCUACCGAUAUGCCCUUUCGAUGACUGCUAAGACAUAUUUUUGAAGUAUCUAAACGUGAUUUGUUCUCAAAUUGAGUGUAGGGAAUCGUUCAGUAACCGUUAACUUGCAAUCAGACCAUCGACUACCGAUCACUGCUGACAGAUCAUCGACGGCACACCCAUAGCUAAGCUUUCAUACACACACACACUCUCUCAUUACGAAAUAAGACUUACUAGCUAUAAAUAUGCUUCGAAUCCGAACACCAACACGAGCCCCCCGCGGGCAGAGCUCUUCCGUUGAACCUCCCCCUUUCCCUUCUAUGGAAUCUCUUACUGCCAAUAAGCCCCCACACACACACACACACAUAUACACACUUCUGUAGGCCACGACACCAAGCUGUUCGAUUGAAAUCUGCUGUAAAUAAUUGCCAUUCGAGAGAGUUACCCAAGAGUACUUCAAAGCAACACUCAUCCGAUUAUUUCAUUUUCAAAUAAUGCUCUCAGUCGCUUUGCACAUUUAUCGGUUUUAGGCAUUAGCUAUGGAUAAGCACUCGUACUCGCACGAGCAUGUAUUGUAUGUAUAGCCGGUAAGCCGAUAAGCCACGAGUGGGGCAACAUUUAAUUCCACUCGUCCAGCACUCGAACAUUAUGGGGAGACGAAACGCCUUGUUUAUGACGGACCCAAUUGUCGGAGAGACUCGUUUAAUUGUAAAUAAUUAGUUUUGGAUAAAACCGAGAGAGAUGGUAGCAAGCGAAAACUUAAAUAAUAAAUACAAAAUAAGAGAGGAAAUUUAAAAUUCAAUGCAAUGGAUAAUUGUGUUUAUCGCUUGACAAUUAUCAAUCAUAAUUGAUGCGAAAACGAACACGAUGCGAGUGGACAGUGCAGGGGAAGUGUAAAUAAAUUGAUUAGUAGAAAAAAACGUAAUUUUAAUUAACUGUUAACCGAAUAACACGAGUAUAAGCGGCACAUCAGUGAAUUCAAAUUUCCAUACACCACCACCCACAUAAAACAUAACUUAAUUAUCCAGAGAACCAGAAAAUCCAG